AUGGCGACCCCUACAAAACCACAAAACCACCGAGCUUGGUGGAAGGAAUCUUCAGUUUAUCAAAUCUGGCCCGCAUCCUACAAGGACUCCAACGAUGAUGGCAUCGGAGACAUCCCUGGUAUCAUUUCCCAGCUUGAUUAUAUCAAGAAUAUUGGUGUCGAUAUUGUUUGGUUGUGCCCUUCGUACAAAUCUCCACAGGUAGACAUGGGGUACGACAUUGCCGACUACUACAGCAUCGCUGAUGAGUAUGGUACGGUCGCGGAUGUUGAAAAGCUUAUCAAGGGCUGUCAUGAUCGGGGAAUGAAGCUUCUUAUGGAUCUGGUUGUGAAUCACAGUAGUGAUCAGCACGAAUGGUUCAAGCAAUCGCGAAGCUCUAAAGAUAAUGAGUAUCGCAAUUGGUAUGUCUGGAAGCCCGCUCGUUAUGACGAGGAGGGGAACCGCCAACCUCCCAACAAUUGGGUGUCGCAUUUCCAAGGGAGCGCUUGGCAAUGGGACGAACUCACUGAAGAGUACUAUCUCCAUCUAUAUGCAACAGAACAGCCGGAUCUGAACUGGGAACACCCACCUGUCCGCGAUGCAGUGCACGAUAUUAUGAGAUUUUGGUUGGACAAGGGCUGUGAUGGAUUUAGAAUGGAUGUGAUCAACUUCAUCAGCAAAGACCAGCGAUUCCUCGAUGCCCCUAUCAAGGACCCCCGCACACCAUGGCAAUGGGGCGAUAAAUGGUAUGCAAAUGGACCUCGGCUACACGAGUACUUGCAGGGACUCGGAAAGAUCUUGCAGAAGUACGAUGCUUUCAGCGUUGGCGAGAUGCCGUUUGUCAAGGACGAGGAGGAGGUCCUCAAAGCUGUCCAGUUCGACCGUCAUGAGAUCAACAUGAUCUUCAACUUUGAGCACGUGGACAUUGACCACGGUCCAUACGACAAGUUCGAGCCAGGCAGCUGGAAGCUCACGGAUCUCAAAGACUUCUUCCAGCGAUGGCAAACUUUCAUGUAUGCCAACGAUGGUUGGAAUGCCCUUUACUGGGAGAACCACGACCAGCCGCGGUGCGUUGACCGUUACGUGCAUGCUAGCGAGGAGAACCGUGUUGUCGCGUCGAAAAUGUUGGCCACUGCUUUGGCCCUGCAGUCUGGCACACCCUUCGUGUAUCAGGGACAGGAGCUAGCAAUGCGCAAUGUGCCCACUUCAUGGGGUAUUGAGGAGUACAAAGAUCUCGACUGUCUCAACCACUGGCACAGAAUCUUGAAAGAACGACCGGAUGACACUGCAGCCCACGCAAGUGCUCUUGCAGAGUAUCAAAAGAAGUCUCGGGACAACGGUCGCACUCCUGUUCAAUGGUCCUCUGCUCCCAAUGGUGGAUUCACUGGUCCCAAUGUCAAACCUUGGAUGUCCGUCAACCCCGAUUUCGUGACCAUCAAUGCUGAGGCUGAAGUAAAGGACCCCAACUCUUCAUAUCACUUCUGGGGCAAAGUGCUUGGACUUCGCAAGAAGUUUCUGGAUAUCUUUGUUUAUGGAGACUGGGUGCUUAUUGACCAGCCGAACCAAGAGGUCUUCGCCUACACCCGACAGUAUGAAGAUGACAAGGCGCUGGUUGUGUGCAAUUGGACAGAAAACACCGUUGACUGGGAUGCUGCAAGCCACGGGAUUGACGGCGUCAAGGCCGUACUGCUGGAUAACUACGAUACCGCGAAGGCCGUCCAGCAGUUCACUGGAGGGCAAUGGUCUCUGCGGCCAUAUCAAGCUGCUGUUUUCUUGGUGUAG